AUGAAAUCAUUUGUUACUUCCUAUUGUCUAAACCAAGGCCUUCUGAUUUCAUACAAGAUGAGAAUAUCUCUUAAUCUUCUUGCAUUCCUCCUCCUAGUCCUUCAUCAUCAGUCAAAUGGCCAAAAUAAUCCAAAUAUUAGCAUAGGUUCUACUUUCACUGCUGGAGAAAAUGUUUCUUUGUUAUCCUUGUCUGGGGACUUUGCCUUCGGAUUUUAUCCUGUUUCAGAUACUCUUUUCCUAGUUGGAAUUUGGUUCAACAAAAUCCAGAAAACAACACUUGUAUGGUCAGCAAAUCGCGACAAUCCAGCUGAAAUCAGAUCAACUAUUAGUCUAACAACUGGUGGUCAGCUUGUGCUCAACUAUGCUAAUGGCACAGUUCAACAGAUUUACAAUGAGUCUGCAAGGUUGGGAACCAUGCAAGAUGAUGGAAAUCUUGUCUUGAGAGACUCAAGUUCAAAUAAAGUUUGGGAAAGCUUUAAAUCUCCCACUGAUACACUUUUGCCAGGACAAACUUUAUUAUCAGCAGGAAAGCUCUAUUCAAAUUCUAUUUCAGAUGGGAAUUCCAAGUACUCUAAAGGGAAAUUCAUGCUAGAAAUGCAAGCUGAUGGAAAAUUGGUACUAUCUGCUUAUCAUUUUGGAGACACAGGAUAUUGGCUGAGUAGUCAAGAUGAUAAAGGAAACCGUGAAGUGAAAUUAGUUUUCGACCAGAGGAAUGCAUCUUUGUACCUUGUGAAAGAUAACACUAGCACAAUUUUUUCUUUUCCACCGAAUGUGCCAACCCCAGUUGAAGACUACUACCACCGUGCAACUAUAGACAGUUUUGGCAACUUCCAGCAGUAUGCUUAUCAUAAGACUAAUGGUAGCAAUUGGAUUAGAGUUUUGAAGAUCCCUUCAGAGCCAUGUAUGGUUAAUGCUGUUUGUGGGGCUUACGGAUUCUGCAGCUCAAAUGAUAAUGAAACUGUAAAUUGUGACUGUCUUCCGGGGUAUGUCUUCUUGGAUCCAAGUAACCCUACCAAAGGUUGUCAUCCGGAGACAAUGAUCAACUUCUGUGCAGGUCAUCUAUCUAGCGGAAAUUUCACAAUAGAGGCUAUUCAGGAUAGUGACAUGCCUUACAAUGAGGUUGGGGAUUAUGAAAUUUAUCGUGAUGUUGAUGAGGAGGAAUGCAAGAAAGUUAUCAUGGAAGAUUGUUAUGCCAUGGCUGCUUCUCUAAUCAAUAGGGAAUGUCACAAGAGGCGUACUCCUAUACUCAACGCCCGUAGAAUUUCUAUGACCACAGGCAGCGUUUCCUUCAUCAAGGUGCCUAUUAAGUCAGCUAAAGAUGACAUAUCAACAAAAAAGAAAUCCAACACCAGAGCCCAUCUCACUGCUGGCCUUAUAACUACCAGUUCACUUACUUUCCUAUUUGGAGCCUUGGCGUUUUACUAUCAUCCUGCUCCUCGGAGACUUGUAAAACGAGAGUGGAAUCCAAAUUCAUCAAGAAUAGGUAUCAAUUUCCGCGAGUUCACAUACAAAGAACUGCAUGAAAUAACUAAUGGCUUCAGCAAGCAACUUGGAAAAGGAGCUUCUGCAAAAGUUUACUAUGGGAAUCUCAAGUUAAAGGAUGUUCAAGUAGAGAUUGCGGUGAAGCUGAUGAAAGACGUUGCAGAGCCAAGUGAGAAGGUAUUUAUGACAGAGCUAAAAAUCAUAGGCAGAACUCAUCACAAGAAUUUGGUAAAGCUAUUAGGAUUUUGCAUUGAGGAUAAUCACUUCAUUUUGGUUUAUGAGUUGAUGAAGAACGGAGCUUUAUCAGAUUUUUUGUUCAAGGAAGAAAUACUGCCUACUUGGAGUCACAGAACUGAAAUGGCACUAGGAAUUGCAAGAGGACUGCUUUACUUACAUGAAGAAUGUGAUUCUCCAAUCAUCCACUGUGACAUAAAGCCUCAAAAUGUACUUCUUGACAGUAAAUACAAUGCCAAGAUUUCAGAUUUUGGGCUAUCGAAACUCUUGAAGAAGGAUCAAACAAGAACAGAUACUUGUGCAAGAGGGACAGUGGGAUAUUUAGCACCAGAAUGGCUAAAGAAUGCUCCAAUAACACCCAAAGUUGACAUUUUUAGUUUUGGUGUAAUGUUACUGGAGAUAACAUGUGGUAGAAGGCAUAUUGAGCUUAGCAGGGUAGAGGAAGAGAGCGAAGACGAUGAAGGUGAUGAUUUAUUGCUUGUAAAUUGGGUUUCAGGCUGUGUGAGAAGUGGUAGAAUUGACAAACUUGCAAGGAGUGAUCCUGAAGUAUUGAAUGAUAUUAAAAGACUUGAACGAUUCGUGAAGGUGGGAUUGUGGUGUGUCCAUCCUGAUCCAAUUGUUAGACCUUCAAUGAAAAUGGUGAUGCAAAUGCUUGAAGGCAUAACAGAAGUUGAAGUUCCUCCAAUGUUUUAUCACUAAAUGAUAGUAAUGAAGAACCUUAAGGAACAUCCUGCAGUACUUAUGCUCUUGUAAAAUUAGUCUAAGUUUUAGAAUUUGAGUUGUUACUUUUGCAAGUUCAUAGUCUGUGCUUCAAUUUCUCCCUUUGUCAUGUUUG